AUGGAAGGGUCAAGAGGCAGGAGGACAACAAAAGGCGAGGUGCUCAAACAAACUCCGGACUCCUGGGUGGGAGAGUUUUUCCUUGUCCAUUGCCAGUCUUCGGAAGGUCCGAAAAGCUGGAAGGCCUUUAAGGCUGAGAACAUGCACCACACCAAACUGAAACGCAACAAGCAGAGGUGGAGGUUUGGCCUCUACGGUCAUAUCCUUCCCCAGGGCCUCCUAAAUACACUUGCAAGAAAAAAGCCGCCCUGCCAAACGCUUCAUGGCGUGUUUUUCAUUGAGAUUCAAGGACACACACCCAUCAUAAUACUUCUGGUUCCGGCAGAUGGGGUGUUUAUGGAAGGGCAUUCAUUGAAGGUGACAGAUGGGUUUGGUUUGAUGCUUGUCACAUCUGUGGGCAUGAACACAGCCUGGGGUGAGAUGAUGAGCUCAAUAAGCCCGGAUUUAGAUGAGCAGACACCUUUACAGGCACGGCUUGACAAGCUUACAUCAUAUAUUGGGAAGGUUGGUUUGGCUGUGGCUGUGCUUGUUCUUGCCGUUUCUCUGAUUCGUUAUUUCACCGACACACCACAGAUGACAAGGGGAUCAGAGAAUUCUAUGGAGGCAAGACAAAGUUCGAUGAUGUAG